GACAAACAUAUCUACGUAUCAAUUGACAAGGUUACUGUGCCAAAUUGAAAGAGAGAGCUUAUCUAAUUAGUUCAGUUUUAGCUGUCUUACAGAAAUGAAGAACAACGGUUUUCUAAUAUGCUUGGUUAUAGCUGUCGCAAUAGGUCAAGUAUAUUCACAAUGUCCAAGAGGAUGGACACAUCACUACAAUUCAUGCUACUUAUUGCAUUCUAAAGACAAAUUUGACUGGAUUGAAUCACAGAUGUUUUGUGCCGGAUAUAACGCUCAUUUGGCCUAUGUGGAUGACUAUACUGAAAACACAUUCAUUAAAGGGAUGAUUGUCCAAGAUAUACAUGAAAGCGGAGCCGGCGUUUGGAUAGGUGCCUCAGAUUACGAAGUUGAAGGUCAUUACGUAUGGUACGGUACUGGUAAACCUGUGACAUUCUCCGACUGGCAACCAGGGGAGCCAAAUAAUCAUCAAGAAGAUUGUCUCGUAUACUAUAGCAACUUUAACUGGAAAUGGGCGGAUGGAAAUUGUCAUGACCAGUAUUACUUUAUCUGCGAAAAACCAGUAGAGAAUGUUAUAGACGUUGGAUAAAUGAAAUGUGAACGUUAACAUUAAAGCUGUGUAAAACAUAA